AUGGAUACAAGCUAUCUCUCUUCCCAGGUGUCGACAAUCAUUGGCCAACUUCACGGUCUCUUCGACGAGAUUGGAGUCCCCAGCCAUGACCGAGAGUCCCGCGAGGCAGAGCUCUUUGCCGCCCUGUCCGAAACUCUACACAGUCAAGUGCGGCAGGUCGCGACCGAGAAGAAUGGGAUGGCCGAGGAGGCUCAACGGAUCAUCACCACUAUCAAGCAAAUGGAGGCUUCGCUGGACGAUCAAAGCGCCCGUCGUGAAUAUGAGACCGAAGCCGAGGACUUGAAGAUCACUUACCCGUUAAUACGCUGCCUUCAAUUGCUAAAGGAGAAACAUCAACAAAUAUCGAGGCUUCACAAGGAGCGUUUCGAACAAGUUAAAAAGCUUGUGCAGGCCCUAGAAUCCUACUCGUCUCAUCUGGAAUCGUCCUUUAUCAAGAUUGCCCUACCGCCCACCGCUCCCAACUCCACUGUUCCGCCAACCUUUGACCUCUCCCCCGCUUAUGUCACGGCCCUCGAUGACGAGUUCACACGAGUAUACGAAGAAUACACCCGCCGGGUUGCGACAGUAAAGGCACUCUCAGAGAACAUCAUCCAGCUCUGGGCCGAACUUGGCACUCCCCAGGCACAGACAGAUGGCAUGAUUGUUAAAUACUACCGCGAUUCCCCUGAACAACUCGGUCUUCACGAGGAUGAUAUUGCUAGAUUACGCCAGAAGCGAGACAAGCUAUCAGAUGAAAAGAAGUCGCGCGAGAAGCGCCUUAAAGACCUUAAAACCACGGUCGAAGCGCUAUGGGGCCGCUUAGGCGUGGAAGAGUCCGAACGGAAGAUAUUCCUAAAUAGCAACCGCGGCUGUGGGGUGCGCCAAAUAAACGAAUUCGAGGACGAACUUUCAAGACUAAACGAACUGAAGAGACAAAACCUCCACUUAUUCGUAGAGGACGCACGGUACAAGCUACAAGAUUUAUGGGACGGUCUGUACUUCUCCGAGGAAGAAAUGCUGGAAUUUACUCCCGCAUUCUCAGAUGUGUACAGCGAUGCGCUUCUUGAGGCACAUGAGCAAGAGAUAGGUCGUUUGGAGGCACUAAAAGAACAACGAGCCCCAACUCUAGUACUCAUCGAGAAACAUCGGUCUCUUGUUAAGGAUCGCAAUGAUCUACAGGCCUCAAGUCAAGAUGCGUCACGGUUGUUAGGGAGAGGUCAAAAAGGCGAGAAACGUGAUCCAACACGGCUGCUGAGGGAGGAGAAGAUGAGGAAGAGAAUCGUAAAAGACUUGCCAAAGGUAGCGGCCGAGUUAAGAAAGGUUCUAGAGAAAUGGGAGGAUGAAUACGGUCGCCCCUUCUUGGUUCACGGAGAGAGAUAUCUUGACGAACUCGAAGCCUCCGAAGCUAAGCCAGCCCCUGGCCCUCGAUCGAAGACACCCGCAGGCCCGCCCCCUUCUGCCGCGAGGAACCAGAAAUCUGCUCCUCCAAGUCGUGGGAAUAGCGUAAUGAAGGCACCACCACCACCUAGGGCUGGAGCGAAAACGCCAACCGCUGGAGGAACCCUAAGAAGGAACCCAGUUGCAAAUUCCACAGCCCGUGUCAAAUCACCCUCGAAGAUCCCCGCACGAGCGCCGUUAUCCAAUCUUAAUCAUGGUAAUAACUCUCCAGAACGCCGACCUGCGCGCCCAGAGUCAAUAAUUGAUACAGACCGUACUCUUCGUGGAAAGAUGGGACCGCCGCCUAGGGCUCCUCCUCCAAAGAUGAGAGAUCUUUUCGUCCCGCCCCCUGCCCCGACACCGGUAUCACACCCUCGGGCUGAAAGCGAGCUCUCUAGCGGAAGUGUGCGACAUGUCUCUCCUGAAGAUCCGUAUGGUUAUCCACAAAACCACCAAUCUCGACACCAAUCCUACAAUGAGCUCAAUUCCUCGAUGCGUCAGAAUGAGCGCUUUGCUCCCUCAGGUUCAUACCCAACUGCACCACCUAGCCGCCAGAUCUCGAAUACCUCCUCAGCCAUCACGGCAGUAUCGGGCAGCGAAAAUUGGGAGACGUAUUCAGAGGUUUCCGAGCCUGAACAGGAUGCGUCAGAUGACUAUUAUGCGAGACUUCGUGCUGCUCGUGGAAAGCGCUUUACCCCUGACGACGGUUAUGCUCCCCCGCAAGGUGGGCAUGUAAAGAAGCAGAAGGGUUUAUCACCUUAUGGAGCUCAUGCUGGUCAUGGUCUCACAGACGCCCAUGGCAACCGCAUUGUAUCGGGUAGUGAAACCAAUUGGACGGAUGAAGAUGCUUUCUAA